CCUUCCUCACCCUUCUCAUGUUAGAUCUCGUCAACUGAUAAUGAUCCGUCCCUAUAGUAGUGCUCAAGAAAAGGAAGGCCGCUUCGACGAGAUUACAGCAAUUUUACCCAGAACUCAAAGAUCUUUGAGGGAGGAAUUCAAAUAUAUCACUAUGUCAAAAGUUCAACAUGCUGUAUUGUCACAAGCUCCGAUUGAGGGUGACUUAUUUGUAAAGGCAAAGACAGGAACUGGAAAAACUUUAGCUUUUCUUAUACCAGCAAUAGAGACAAUGCAUCGAAAAUCGCAUCCUAAAAAUAAUGACGGAAGAAUGGUCUCAGUUAUGAUUCUUUCACCGACUCGUGAGUUGGCACAACAGAUAGCAACAGAAGCAGAGAGACUUACGCGUUUUUAUGACUACAAAGUUCAUUGUUUAGUAGGAGGUGAACGGAGGGACGCCCAAAUCAAAAGGUUGAUGCGUCACAGAGUUGAUAUAGUUGUCGGUACCCCUGGAAGAGUUGAGGACUUGUUAUCAAGCCUUCCGCAUUUCAAUAGACAAUGCAUGGAAAUUAAAACACUAAUCCUCGAUGAAGCGGAUCAGUUACUAGAUAUGGGAUUUCGUGAAGAUAUCGAGAGGAUUAUUCAAUAUUAUCCAAAGGAUCGUCAAACGUUCCUAUUUUCUGCCACAGUUUCACCACAAAUUCGACAAAUUGCCAAAUUUGCGCUUAAGUCAGAUUACACAUUUAUUGAUACAGUUGAUCCGAAUGAUGUAAACACAAAUAUUCAAGUAAAACAAACAUAUGCUAUUAUCCCUUAUCAUAUCCACCUCGUUGCAAUCCGCAAAAUAAUCAACGACCACAUGAAACAACACAAGAACGGAAAAAUUAUGAUGUUUCUGCCGACAAAAAUGUCAACUAUACUUUACGCAGAUUUUCUUCGAUGUAUUGGUGAUGUUGAAGUUUUUGAACUUCAUUCUGGAAAGUCCCAAGAACAACGUACUAAAGUAUCAAAUAGGUUUCGGCAAUCGAGACAUGAUGCAAUUCUGGUUACCUCAGAUGUAUCAGCACGUGGUGUAGAUUAUCCUGGAGUUACUUUGGUAGUUCAAGUGGGUGCACCAUCUUCACGUGAUCAGUACAUCCACCGUUUAGGUCGAACGGGUCGUGCGGGCAAGGAAGGGGAAGGAAUAUUACUUUUGGCACCUUUUGAAAAGGGCUUUAUAAAUUGCAUUGAUAACUUACCUAUAAAACGCAUAGAAGGCAUUGAUUCUGAUUUGGAAAAAAGCACAGACUCGGUGGUUGUGAAAGCCAUCGAAAUGCUUGAUAGUUCUGUGGUAAAAAAUUCUGGAAAAUUGACUUCGUAUUUCAUCAGAAAAGAUGAUUUAUUGGAUUCUGUCUACGAGUUGGGUAAAGCUUUUGGAACUGAGCCAAAUAUAAGUCCUGGGUUACUUUCAAGGAUAGGAUUUGGUAAUAACAAUGGAUCGAAAGGAAAAUCGUGGGGAGGGCGUUCGUUUAUCGGUCAUGAUGACCGUAACCGUAACUAUGGACGGGAUCGUUUUAGUGACCGAAGACCAUUUGAUCGGUUUAAUGAACGAGAGUCUCGUAACCGCUAUAAAUAUUAA